CAACAAUUAGGUUUUAAUUUAUACGACGAUAAUUUAGAUCUUAAUUAUGCCACCAUCAAUACUACUACUACAGAAAAUAUCACAGAAAACACCAUAAAUAAUAAUAACUUAUCUACUUUAUAUGGCACUCCUUCACCCUCCCUUAUCGAUAGUAAUAAUGAUGAUGAUAAUCAUAAUUUCUCCCAUAAAAUUUUGGGUAUAUCGAACGAUUCAAAUUUAUAUAUUGAUGAUGAUUUCAUUUUGAACUACUUGAAUCCUCCAACAGAAAUGACCAUCCAACAACCAACAUCUAACGCAUCGAAUAUACUAUAUGCAUUACCAUCAAUAGAUACAAACACUCAAACUGAUAACACACUAUUGUCAAUAACAUCUUUAAUACAUUCUAGCUCACAUUUAGAUUCACCCUCAUCCAUACUAACGACAACAUCAUCAUCCAUAGCCUCACCAGCAUCGGACUUAAAUUACAUGGAAUUACGAGGAUCAUCGACAUCGUCAUCAUCUAACACACCAUGUUCGAUAAUUGGCAUUAGUAAUGAUAGUAGUAUUAAUUCAUAUAAUGAUUUCUCGUCGGGAGAAAAUGGUAUUUGUUUUAAAUUUGAAUAUGCUUUUGAAAAUCAAAAGUUAGUACAAGUUCAACCUCCACCACCACCACCACCAAUAUCUGCACUGCCUGAUGCAACCAGUAGUAGUGUUAUGUCAAUGUCAGAACCCAUUUCUAUAAUGACUUCAUCGUACGAUUCAACUGAUGGUGGAGGAGGAGUAGAUCUUUCAUCACCAUUAAUACCGGCGUCUUACGUAAUAUCCCCCUCCCAAACGUCGUCAAAGCAUAAUACGGUCAAUAUAUCGAAUGAAAGUUAUAUGGAAGUAAAUAAUGAACCUGAUGAACUUUCAUUAUGUAUACGACCUGGUGCCUUACACAAACAGAAAGGAGAGCCAACUUAUGCAACAGUUUCUUUCGAGAGUUCCGAUGAAUCAUUGUCACGCUAUAAGUGCAACUAUGAGAAUUGUAAUCGCAGUUACAGCACAAUUGGUAAUCUGAGAACACAUUUGAAAACUCACAAAGGUGAAUAUCGUUUCAAGUGUCCAGAGGAAGGAUGUGGCAAAGCAUUUUUAACUUCAUAUAGUUUAAAAAUACAUAUUCGAGUACACACUAAAGUUAAGCCAUAUGAAUGUGAUGUGGGGGGCUGUGAAAAGGCCUUUAAUACACGCUAUAGACUUCACGCCCACUUACGUCUACACAAUGGCCAAACGUUUAACUGUGACCAGUGUAAGAAAUGUUUCACUACUCUGAGCGAUUUAAAGAAACACAUGCGCACGCAUACCCAAGAGCGACCCUACAAAUGUCCCGAAGAUACAUGUGGCAAAGCAUUUACUGCCUCGCAUCAUCUAAAGACCCACAUACGUACUCACACCGGAGAACGUCCGUAUCCAUGCGAAGAGACCAGUUGCCAAAAAUCAUUCAGUACUUCGCACAGCUUAAAGUCGCACAAGAAAACUCAUCAGAAACAAAACCAGAAUCGACCACCAAGGGAACGUAAAACCAAAACUAAAAAUCGUAGAUAUGAAACUAACACCACCACCAACAAUGAUAGUGCUGGGGAGCAGGAUGUCAAAGUGGUGAAACAAGAAGUGGAUAAAAUUGCCGGCUAUACGGAAGAAACAAACUCCACCUUUACCGGAAGUGAAUUUGAGGUAAUAGAGGGCAAAUGUGAAAUAAAACCACAACAAACUUCAUCAUCGUUUGUUAAAUCUGAAGCUGUCGAGUGUGAUAUCAAUGAUAUGUAUGCCGUUCAGUUGCCUGAAGUAAAAUCAUCUCAAUUUACAGCAUUGGCGCCAAAAAUUGAAAGUAUGCCCAUGCCAGAAACUUCACAAGCCUUUCAGGUGGCUUACGCUUCCGAAGAGGAGAUACCAACACCUUGGAUAGAUGCUGGGGUCUUAGUGUCAAAACCUAUAUUACCCAUGGCUCCUGUAACAUCGUCCUGCGUGGUCUUACCCACAGAAAUGCCCAGCUAUGUUAAUUUACAGCCCAAUUAUUCAAACGCUAUGUCGAUGAUGAAUCCCCAGUACCAGGUGACGCCAGUAGAGCAGGGAAAUCCCAACUUGCCCAUGGAAAUUGAUAACAAUAACAUUAUCAACAACAGUAUUAGCAACAGGCAUCAACAGAAUACCUACCAGCAAUUGCCUUCCGGUGGCACUCUUACCCAAGAUGUGAUGCCGUUGCAGGAGAAUAUAGAGGAUUUGUUAAGGGGUACCGAUUAUAGCAGUGAUGCUGAUAUGGAAACAGAAUCAUUGCUCAAUGAUAUACUAAUGACCAUAGACAACAACACCAGUCUAUUGCAGGAAACUCUUCAGCAGGCCAAUGAAGUGCCAACCGAUGGUUCGGGUCUCAUAGAAGUCGAUUUGCGUAGUAGCAAACCCACUCUAAAACAAAUUACCGCUGAUGCUGGCAUCUGCAGCUGUACCAAUUGUAAAUGUGAUAAAACUAAAAAUUGCCAAGGCGGCUGUUCCUCUGAGACUCCUUGUGGCAAGAAACCGCCAAAUGUUAAAGGUGCUAAGGGCGGCUGUUGUGCCAAUAAAAACAAAGCGAACAAACCACUAAGUAAGCGUGAAACGGAGAUGAAUCAAAAUAUUGAAGAUGUGGCCAUGUUAUUGCAAAAUCUUGCCUCCAUGGGUAGUGAUCGCAAAGGCGGUUGCUGUGGUGCUAAUACUGCAGUCACCAAAGAAACAGCUGCACCCGAGAUUAAUACCAAUAAAACGUCUUGUUGUUCGGGACAAACUGCCAAACCCAUGGCAACAUCUUCUUGUUGUUCUAUGCCAGCGUCCAAAGCUCCUACGGCCAGCUCUGGCUGCUGCUCGUCAGAAAAAGCAUUGCCACAGAAAACCAGCUCCUGUUGCUCUUCCACUGACGCCAAGAUGAUGCCGCCGCCUCCACCUGCCAACACAAAAGCUCUCAAGAGCUCAUCUUGCACUUGCAAGAGUCCUUCGGAAGGUGUGGCUAAUGGCUGUUGUGUUGUUAUAUGCAUUAAAACUUUACAGGCUUUGCGUAAAGUUUUGAACCGUAAAAAUUUAAAUCUUGUCCUUUGUCCUCAAAAUCAAACGAAUCAAACUAAUUAAUGCGCGGAAACUGUUAUAAUUUUUUUAUAAUUUUUUUGUUUUUAAAUUCAGAGAUCUUUAACAAUUGUUAAAUUUGUUUUAUUUUUUAUAUUGAAAAAUAUAUUUUUUGUUGCUUAAUUAACCUAUAGUUAAUAGUUUAUAUACAAUACUUGUUAGCUACAUGCCAAAAUCAGAAACUACAUUGUUUCAUGCCAUGUUUCAUAUAGUUUUUAAAAGAAAAAUUAAAAAGAACAUAUAUAAAUGUAUACCACUGUGCCUUAUACCAAUUUUUUUUAUUAAAAUAAAAAAUAACCUAUAUACUUAUAUACACUGAUA